UGCGUGCAGCUGCAGUGGCAGUGAAGGUGAGGAACCAUCUUCCCACUACCUGCUCUGGAAACUGCUCAACAGCCAAUUGGGGGCAACCCAGCCCGCUGCCGCCUGUGCGAGCCCUCCUGAGCACAUCACUUACGCCAGAUGCAACUGCUGUGAGGAAGUAAAAGAAACAUUUUCUGAAACUGGGAAGCUUUUUUAGAGGAAGAUGGAGAACCCACUUCUUUUAUUCCCCCAGCUAAACAUUUCUGCUUCAAAGGAUAAAUCCUAUUACAAAGUCAUGAAGUCAACAAUUAAAGAAGAGGCACAUAAAGCAAGCAAGCCAGGAGCUAAGCAGAAGAGAAAUAGGCUGAGCCUUCUCCUGCAGAAAUCUGAAUUCCAUGAAGGUGAUCGUCUUGGUAAACCUGGAAACUUGACAAAAGCAGCAAGUGUGUCUCCUGAAGAAGCAGUGAAAUGGGGAGAAUCUUUUGACAAACUGCUUUCUGAGAAAGCUGGAUUGGAUGCCUUUACGAAGUUUCUGAAAACUGAGUUCAGUGAGGAGAACAUUGAGUUCUGGAUAGCUUGCGAGGAUUACAAGAAAAGCAAAACUGCACAUGAACUUUUGCCAAAAGCUAAGACCAUUUAUGAAACAUUCAUACAGAAAGAUGCUCCAAAAGAGGUAAACUUGGACUUUCAAACCAAAGAAGUCACAAGUCAGAAUAUUGAACAGCCCAUCAUCACCACCUUUGAUGCAGCACAAAACACAGUCUACAGGCUGAUGGAGCAAGACAGCUAUCCACGCUUCCUAAGAUCUGAUCCUUAUUUAAAUUUGGUUAAGGGGAGAAAUCCCAGUCGUCCCACCCUUAGGAGACGAUCACGGUCUUUUACUGUCAAUGAUUUCCAGGGUGUACGACCAGACUUUACUGUUUGGUAACAGUGAAACUCAACCUUCAUAAAUUCUAGCUACUGCAGUAACCUGUAUGUGUUUUAAAAUCCAAAUCCUUAGCAGGUGUAAAUGAGUGGAAAGCAAAGUUACGGGCACUUAUACCAGGUCAGAGUUCUGUAGCCGGUGAUUAAUCUCAUUUAUUAUAG